AUGUCCGCAUUUGCUGUUUCGAAUCAGAUCACCUUCGAGUCUCCGCCUGGUCUGAAGAAAAACAUGCAGAGGACUUACAGCACAUGGCCUUCGACCAUGAUCUGCAAGUUCACCCCAAGGAUGCCCUUGGAAACGACCCAUGGGACCCUAUCUGGCACCUUGACGUUCGAUACGUAUCAUAACAUCCCCUUCAUGAUUGGCUUUAACCCAAGCAUGGCCGUUCGGCCAGAACUACCCUCGCUAAUUUGGGAGGCAUGUUACACGGUUGUUGUCCGCAAGGUCGAGGGGAGCGUGGUCAAAGCGCAGCUGCUACUAGCCCUUGCAUGGUUCCAUGGGAUCGUUCAGGAGCGACGGAUCUUCAUGCCGCAAGGGUGGACCAAAGAAUAUGACUUCUCUAUUGGGGAUCUGAGGGCCGGGGCAAUGGUGAUGACAGCCGAGGCCGACAAGACGAAAAACGGCAAGGUCGACUGGCGAACCGUGCGCGGGCUGAUGGUGGACGCCAUCUACGGGGGAAGGGUGGACAACCCGCACGAUAUGAGGGUUUUGGCCACGUAUCUGCGCCACUACUUCAACUCUGACGUGGUCGGAGGAGCCGACAAUGGUGGGCAGUUGGCCAGAGGCUUAGAUGUUCCUGGCACCGACAGGCUUCCCGACUACGUCCACGCCGUCCAGAAGCUCCCCGACACUGAUCACCCGUCAGGUUUUGGCCUGCCGGACAACAUUGAACGGUCGGUGCAGCGUGCCGCGUCGGCGGUGGUGAUAGCAGGGUUACGGCGCCUGGGGGCCGCUUCUAUUGGAGGGGGGAGUUUCGAUCGAGAAAUCUGGAGGAACAGGCUGGGCCCUCUCCUCGAAGCGUGGGACAAGAUGGCCUCAUCAAUAUCUAACUCUUCUGCUGCGGCGGCUGGGGGCGCGGGAAGAAGGGGGUCCCGCCGUAUCUCGGCAGAAAAAGCGACCUCUGGGGCAGAAGGGCGGCAGCUUCCACCUGUGGACGCGUUUGUCGCGAUGGAGGCUGAGGCUGCCGUUUGCUUGUGCGAAAUCGUGGCUGCCUCGCUCGGCUCAGUCAAAAAGGUGGUGUACGGCACGGCCCUCCUAACCCCUGCCAUCCAGGCCACCGGCGGGGCUCUCAUCGCUGGAAGAGUGCCACCUGCCUGGUCAUGUUUGUGGGAAGGGCCGGAGACUCCUCAGGCGUGGCUGACGGCCAUGGCGAGAAAAAAAGCGUCACUUUCGCGAUGGGAGGCAGGCGUUGCGCGAGGGGACUUGUUGGACAAGCCGGUCGACCUCAGCAACCUGUUCAACCCGAAUACUUUCCUCAACGCCGUCCGUCAGCAGACUGCCAGGUUAUCGGGGUGCAGCAUGGACGCCCUGAAGCUCGUGUCUAGCUGGGAUAAGGGUCGCCUCAAGUCGGCGCCACUCCCGGUCACAAUAGAGGGACUGAGACUGCAAGGAGCAGCCUUCAGCGGAGGCACCCUGCACCAGCAGUCUCCAAACGACCCAGAGGUGGCAGGCGUACCAGACGUCACACUUGCUUACAUCCACAAGGACAAGCAACGCCCUUAUCAGGCCGACCAAGCCAUCGAAACGCCUUUGUACUUCUCUCUGGACCGCGAACGGCUGCUAGCCGAGAUAUCGAUGCCGACUACGGAGCCUCGGGAUGUCUGGAUCCUCGCAGGAGUGGCGUUAUUCUUGAAGGAUUAA